CUGACGACGAGGGAUGCCAUGGGCUCCCCUGUUCACCGUGAGGACAAAGCCAAGGACUCGGCCAUCCCUGCUCUCCCAGAGCCUGAUGGGAACUUCCUGGUUAAGGUAGGGUUCCUGAGGAGUCUGCACCGUUAUGAGAUCGUCUUCACCCUCCCAGAGGUCCCUGUUCUGGGGAAAGACGUGUGCUCCCUCCCCUCCUCCUCAUCACCGACGCCCAGACCCCUCCUCAAAGUCAACCGUGUCACACCCACACCAGAGGGUACGUGGGAGACCAGGGCCGUAUUCAUUACGGCAUGCCAAAUAAUUUUUAAAAGCCGUUUUGCAAUGGAAAAUGAAAAUUACGUUUUUCUUAUUGGACAAGCCCAGGUAGUCCCUUCCUGUUUCAGUCAGUUUUUAUGCUGUUCGAAGCCUAUUGAAUCCGACCCAGGAUUGAAACUGAGAUGAUUGCUUCUGUGUCGGAUAUACAGGAUCUAAAUUGUCCAAAUGGAUACGAAUGGAUAUAAAUUGGGAUGGGGUGCGGUGUAGACCUGAAAGUGGCAGAAACCCACUAACAAGGCAUAUCUAAUCUCCCUUGUCUCUGCCAACAAACAUAUUAGCACCAUAACAAGACUCUGUCAUUACUGUAACCUACUAUUACAGUAACCGGUCUGUUAUCAAACCUGUGAAACUUGAAACAUUGAAUGUUUGUCUGGAUCACUGGCAACAGAUGGUGUCGCUCGUUGUCUCUGAUUGGGGAUCAUACUUAGGCAGCCUAUUGGCACUAGUUAGUUGUGGGAUCUUGUUCCGUGUUUAGGCUAGUUUUGUGUUCAGCCUUUGGACUUUGUGUUCAGCCUGGUUUGUUGUUUUGUUGUGUGUUUAUUCGUUGUAUAAACAUGU